AUCAAAGAAUGGAAAUAUUCGUUUACCGUGGCGAAUGGGGAUUACCCUCGAUCGAUUACGAAUGUAACCGGCUGUUGGCAUAUCUAAAAUUUUCCGGCGCCAAAGUAACGGUCAACUUUAAUGGCAAUCCAUUCAGCUCACCGAACGGAAUGCUACCGUACAUGAUAGCCGAUGGGAAAAAGAUUGCUGGCUAUGGACGAAUCGUGGAGCAUCUGUCGGCGGCCGGUAUAGGGUCACCGAUGACAGCAAAAGAUUCUUCCAUAGGAGACGAACGUCAGCAAGCCACCCGGAUCAAUGGCCAUAUGCAGUAUGUGCAGGAGCAUUUGCAUCCCUACUUUAUGUACAUGCUGUGGGGCGAUCCGAAGAACGUGGACACCACACGCACGGUGUAUGCGAAACGCAUUCCAAUCCCAUUUAAUUUCUACUGCCCGCGAAAGUACGUGCUGCGGACGAACGAUAUCACGCAAUCGUUGGCAGGGUUUUCGCUGGAAGAUUCGAUCGAAUUUCAUGACGUUUCGGAGUUUCAACACAAUGCUAAAACCUGCCUCAAUUGGAUUGCGACGAAGCUGGAGGAUAGCCGUUGGUUUGUUGGUGAUCAACCGACGGAAGUGGAUGCCAUGCUGUACGGUUAUUUGUCUGUUUUACUGAAGCACACGCUACCGAACAACGUGCUGCAGAAUCACAUCCGCCAGUGUCCGAAGCUGAUGCAAUACGUGGAUCGCACAACGAGCACGUACUUUGCGAAGGAAGGUUUUAAUAGUUUUACCGCCACGCGAAACAAUGGAACUGGUCCGCAGAAGGAUUCAACUGCGGGAAGUCCCAAUGAUGGUGGCUCAUCAUCCUCGUCCUCUUCAGCCGGCGGUGGUGAAAAAAGUCGGUCGGAAAAAAGUGGGAAUGAUGCAAAGUUUCACACGGGCCAACAGCAGGACCCGGACGAUGGACCGAAAGAAAGACGGAAACGGUACAUUUUAUCCGGCCUGGUGGCAACGGUGGCAAUGGUAGGAUUUGCUGUGCUGAAUGGUAUUUUAACGCUUCCUAACGAGGGAAACCAUGGAAAUUUCAUACAGUACGAUGAUCCGGGUGACUAUGAUGAUGAUAAUUAA